CUUCCCUGAUAUGUACUAAUGAAAAUGUGAACAACUUUAUGAUGGAGUAGCAUUUUAGCUAGUGGGGACCGGAUAAUAUCUUCCAUCAUAGCUAAUUGAAUAUAUCUUUUGGAGCACAUGUUGUGUAUAUAUAUAUAGAGUGAGUGUUGCUAAGGUUGGAAAGUACCCAAAUACUGAAUAUGAAGAAGCCAAUAGUGAUUUUGAUUCCCUAUCCUGCACAGGGACAUGUUACUCCCAUGCAAAAUUUAGCCUCUACCUUUGUAAGCCAAGGUUUUGAAGCCGUGAUAGUCCUUCCUCAAUAUGUUCAUAAGAAGAUAAUUGAUAGCGAUGAUGAGAAUAUCAAGUGGGUUGGCUUAGUAGAUGGAAUGGAAGAGGACACAACACCAGAUUUCUUUGCAAUUGAAUCAGCAAUGGAGAACAUAAUGCCAAAACAUUUGGAAGAGUUCCUUCAAAAAUAUGAAAGGAUUGAAGUGUGUUUGGUUGUGGUUGAUUUGUUGGCAUCUUGGGCCAUACAAGUUACUGCAGGCAUGUUUGGCAUCCCUACUGCUGGGUUUUGGCCAGCCAUGCUUUCAUCCUAUCUAUUGAUUGCUUCCAUACCUCAUAUGCUUCAGACUAGACUCAUCUCUGAUACAGGAGUUCCACAACAUGAAGGGAAAAUUAACUUUGUACCUGAGUUGCCUGUAGUAUCAACCAAUGAUCUACCAUGGUUAAUUGGAACUAUUGGUGCAAGGAAAGAGAGAUUUAAGUUUUGGAUGAGAACUUUGGAAAGAUCCAUAAAGCUUAAAUGGAUUUUGGUGAAUUCAUUUCCCAAUGAAACCAAAGUUGGGCUUCAACCUAGUAGUAGUAAUUCACAACAUGUUUUGCCUAUAGGCCCAAUUUGUAGGCCUCAUGAAUUGACUAAAACUCUUAGCUUUUGGAAAGAAGAUUUGAGUUGCUUAAAAUGGCUAACAAACCAAAAGGCUAAUUCAGUUGUUUAUGUUUCAUUUGGAAGUUGGGUGAAUCCAAUGGGUGAAUCCAAGUUGAAAAAUCUAGCACUAGCACUUGAGGCUUCAAAAAGGCCUUUCAUUUGGGUUUUGAGGUCCACUUGGCGUGAAGGGUUACCAAAUGGGUUUUUGGAGAGAGUUUUGAAGCAAGGUAUAGGGAUGGUUGUUUCUUGGGCCCCACAAACGAAGAUCUUGCAACACAAUUCUGUUGGUUGUUUUAUCACACAUUGUGGUUGGAAUUCUACAUUGGAGGCUUUAGAAUUCCAAAAGAAAUUGUUGUGCUACCCUAUGGCUGGGGAUCAGUUUGUGAAUUGUGUGUAUAUUGUUGAGAUAUGGAAGGUGGGUUUAAGACUCAAUGGGCUUAGUCAAAAUGAUGUUGAAGAAGGAAUUGCAAUGUUGAUGGAAGAUAAUGAAAUGGAUACACGUUUAAUAACAUUGUAUCAAAGAAUAAUGGGAAUUAACAAUGGAGCCUUACUAUUUAAAUCCUUUGUGGAACAACUCAAGAAAUUAAAUUCAUAAUCUUUCAUGUGGCUGCUGCAUAUCAUUAAUUUAUUACAUACUAGUAUUUUCUAUUGCACCAUGCCUAUUAUCACUACAAAUUUAGUGUUCUUUUCAUUUUUUUUUAAAUGGAAGGCUCUCUUUAAUUUAUUUUUUAUCAAGUAGAAGAUUGAAUGUUAUUGAAUAAUCAUGAGAAAA